GUGGUCAGCUGACCAAAGUGAGGCAAAGCAGCUUCUUGUGGAGAGUCGCUGCAGCUCCGCGGCGUUAAAGGUGAAAAUCAGCUUUUAUUAUGAUGUCAGGCAGUAAAGCUGGACUUCAUUAACGUCUCUUGAGCGGAAAUCUACAGGGUUUAUUAAAAAAUGAGAGGAGCCGCCAUGUUUCCUUCUCUCUGAGGGAACUAGCUUCAGAGCUAAAGUUAGAGAAGAGCGGAGAUGAUCUGAGUUUGCUAACAUCGAGACGAUGGAAGACAGCGACGAAGGAGAUGUUACACCUGAGCUUCCGCUGGAGGUUCUAGUUUACGUCCUGAGUUUUCUCCACUUCGCAGACAGGAAGGAAGCGUCGCUGGUGUGCCGCAGCUGGUACGCUGCCAGUCAGGACCUGCGCUUCCAGAAGGACGUGACCUUCAGCUUCCCGGCCUCGGCGGCGGCGCUGGCGCUGGUGGGCGGCCUGACCCGGCGGCGGCGCUGCAGUCUGAGGAUCAGCCAGCUGGACGGCUUCGGCGUCUCCAGGUCGCUGCUGCUGCAGGUGGGCGAGUGUCUCGGCCCGCGGCUGGAGGGCCUGGCGCUGCCCGGCAGCAGCAUCACGGAGGCCUCGCUGCUGGCGCUGCUGCCGCGCCUCACCGCUCUGCGCCGCCUCGACCUGAGCGGCCUGGACAGCCUCUUCAUGUCCGGAGCCUUCCUGUCCAGAGAGGAGCACCGGCGGCAGGUCCGCUCGGCUCUGAGCGGCCUGGAGGAGCUGGACCUGUCCGACCUGCGCUACCUGUCCGACCUCACCUUCACCCGGCUGACCGGCUGCACGCCGCGCCUGCGCCGCCUGGCGCUGGCCGGCUGCCACAUCGCCUUCGAGUUCGACCCGUACGGCGGCCGGCCGACCGGCGCCGGCGAGGAUUCGUCCGCCCUGCUGUCGCUGCGCAACCUGCGGCGCCUGCUGGUGGAGCAGCACGCCACGCUGCGGGAGCUGGACCUCAGCAGGACCGCCGUCACACCCGAGUCUCUGCGCAUCAUCGCUCAGGUGGACGGUCUGGUUCUGGAGGAGCUGCGGCUGCAGGGCUGCAGGGAACUGUCGGACCGCUCCGUGGAGGUUCUGCUGCAGCAGCAGCGCCGGCUGCGGCGCCUGGACCUCAGCGGCUGCACGGAGCUCAGCAGCCGCUCGGUGCUGGCGGCGGCGCGCGGCCUGCAGGCGCUGACGCAGCUGUCCCUGUCCCGGGACUGGAGGAUCACCGAGAGAGGUCUGGCCGAGCUGCUGUCUCUGCCCUCCCUCCGGUCUCUGGAUCUGUCUGAGUGUCUCCAGAUCAGCGGGGCGGAGCUUAUCAGUGGCCUGACUCCGCCCAGCGCCGCCCGGGCCCGGCUCACGGUUCUCAACCUGAGGAGCUGCACCUACCUCAGGGAUGCGGCGGUGCUGUCGCUCUCGCAGCUCCUGGCGGACUCCCUGCUGGAGCUGGACCUGACGUCCUGCGUCAACGUGACGGACCUGUCGGUGUGCGCCAUCGCCACCUACCUGCAGCGGCUGCAGGUGCUGCGGCUGGGCUGGUGCAAGGAGGUCAGCGACCGGGGUUUGCUGGGCGUGCCGCAGGAGAGCCGAAGUGAGCCGCACGACGGGACGGGAGACGGCGGCCCCAGCUUCACCCGGACGUUCGGAAACAUGGGCUUCUUCCAGCCGCCCCGCAUGCCGUUUGAAGAGCGCCCCACGCUGGCGACACUGAACCAGCUGCAGCAGCUGCAGCAGCGGGCCGGAGCGUCGCUGCUGCAGCUGCAGAGGCUACAGGAGCUGGACUUGUCGGCCUGCGCCAGGCUCACCGACUGCAGCAUCACACAGGUGGUCCGCUUCCCGGAGCUGCAGCGUCUGUCGCUGUGCAUGCUGCCGGAGCUCAGCGACGCCGGCCUGGCGGCGGUCGGCCGCAGCUGCCGCAGCCUCACCAGCCUGGCGCUCAGCCACUGCCCCGGCAUCGGCGACGGCGGCGUGGCGCAGGCCGCGCCCUUCCUGCAGCGCCUGCAGCACCUGCAGCUCGCUUGCUGCAGCAACAUCACCGACAGGACGCUGCACCUGCUCAUGCGGCACUGCAGACGCCUGAAGACGCUCGACGUGUCCAGAUGUAAAAACAUCUCCAUGGCGACGGUGGACCUCCUCCAAUCACAGCUGCCGUUUCUGGAAAACGUCCAUCACAAGCUGAUUGGUGCGGCAGACCUGUUGCUGAUUGACUGAGCUUUCAGACGCACUGAUGAGUUUUUAUUGCUUAUUUAAGACCAGGGAGGAAAUGAUGUGACGAUUUAUUUUAAAUGAAUGUAGAAACUCAGAGCAGCAGGAUCUGCUUUGAAUAUUAACUUAAAGUUUAGGAAUUAUAUUCCGUUAAUGAGUCCGAUUAUCAGAUCGGUGUUUCUGUCGACCUUUGACCCAGCUGGCAGCCGGUGCUAGCUGUGACAGCUCAGCAUCCCGCAGCACUUCCUCCACUUCCUGUUCCCACUCGGUACUUCCUGUCAGCUCAGAAAAAACCCGGGAAUUCAGUUGAUGAUGAAUCACUGGAUAAAUGGAGGAAACAUUCUGGUUCUGAUCCGUCUGCAGGGAUCAUCAAUGGUUUCAGUUUCAUUGAUAAACGUUUGGUGAAAAGAAGAAAAUCCAGUAAAACUAAAGCUUCAGAUUUUAUUUUUACUGGAAUCAAAAAUUCCUUUGAUGCUUUUUCUACUUUGCUGUUUGUUUCUU